AUGGAAAUUAUGCCACGUGUCUUCGUCGGAGUUGUUGAAGUCCCUCCUACUUUCAUCCUUUUUAAGAUCAAAGUUUAUGUGUUUUGUCUAGUGGUAUAUUUUUAA